UGCGCUGCUCCGAGCUGGUUCCCGACGCUGCGGCGGCUGCUGCUCCACGCGUAGCCCCGCACCUGCUGCCCUUGCCCGGCCCGGAGCUCCGCGGCCAUGCGGCUGGCGCUGCUCUGGGCCCUGGGACUCCUGGGCGCGGGCAGCCCCCGGCCCUCUCCGCCGCUCCCAAAUAUAGGAGGAGGCACUGAGGAGGAGCAGCAAGCCAGGCCAGAGAGGACCCUGAGUGGCCAGAUAUUUCAGGACAGCCCCCCAGUUAGCCUAGCAGAAGUGCUUCAGAGCGGUCUACCUGAGACCCUGAGGAUCCAAUUGGAGCUGGAUGGCCAGAGUCAUAUCCUGGAGCUCCUACAGAACAGAGAUCUAGUCCCUGGCAACCCAACUCUGGUGUGGUACCAGCCUGAUGGCACUCGGGUGGUCAGUGAAGGACACAGUCUGGAAGACUGCUGCUACCGAGGAGGCGUGCAGGGUCGCCCAAGCUCUCUGGUCUCCCUCUGCGCCUGCUCUGGGAUCAGGGGGCUGGUGGUUCUGUCCCCAGAGAGAAGCUACACACUGGAGCUGGGACCUGGAGGCCUUCAGGGUCCUGUCACUGUUUCUCGUAUCCAAGACCUCCUCUUGCCAGGCCACACCUGUGCCCCAAGUUGGCAUGCACUCGUGCCCACUCAGGCUGGACCAGACCUCCUCCUGGGACGGCAACACAUUCACAGGCUUAAGCGGGAUGUGGUAACAGAGACCAAAAUUGUUGAGCUGGUGAUUGUGGCUGACAAUUCAGAGGUCAGGAAGUACCCUGACUUCCAACAGCUGCUGAACCGAACACUAGAAGUGGCCUUCCUGCUAGACACGUUCUUCCAGCCCUUGAAUGUCCGGGUAGUGCUUGUGGGCCUAGAGGCAUGGACCCAGGGCGACCUGAUAGAGAUAAGUUCCAACCCAGCAGUCCUGCUGGACAACUUCCUCCACUGGCGCCGGACAGACCUGCUGCCUCGACUGCCCCAUGACAGUGCCCAGCUGGUGACUGUUACAUCCUUCUCUGGGCCCAUGGUGGGCAUGGCCAUUCAGAAUUCCAUCUGCUCCCCUGACUUCUCGGGAGGUGUGAAUAUGGACCACUCUACAAGUAUCUUGGGAGUUGCCUCCUCCAUUGCCCAUGAGUUGGGCCACAGCCUGGGUCUGGACCAUGAUUCACCCGGGAGCAAUUGCCCCUGCCCAGGUCCAGCUCCAGCCAAGAGCUGCAUCAUGGAGGCCUCCACAGAUUUCCUAUCGGGUUUAAACUUCAGCAACUGCAGCCGGCAGGCCCUGGAAAAAGCCCUUCUGGAUGGGCUGGGCAGUUGCCUCUUCGAACGGCUGCCCGGCCUGACCCCUAUGUCCUCUCUGUGUGGGAAUAUGUUUGUGGACCCCGGCGAGCAGUGUGACUGCGGCUUCCCAGACGAAUGCACUGAUCCUUGCUGUGACUACUCCACUUGCCAGCUGAGGCCAGGGGCACAAUGUGCAUCUGAUGGGCCCUGCUGUCAAAACUGCAAGUUGCACCCAGCCGGUUGGCAGUGCCGCUCUCCCAGAGACGACUGUGAUUUGGCCGAGUUCUGCCCAGGAGAUAGCUCCCAGUGCCCCCCCGACAUCAGGCUGGGGGACGGCGAGCCUUGUGCUAGCGGACAAGCUGUGUGUGUGCACGGGCGCUGUGCCUCCUAUGCCCGGCAGUGCCAGUCACUUUGGGGACCCGGGGCCCAGCCUGCUGUCCCACUUUGCCUCCAGACAGCCAACACUAGGGGUAAUGCCUUUGGGAGCUGUGGGCGCAGCCCCAAUGGCAGCUACGUGCCUUGCACCCCUAGAGAUGCCAUGUGUGGGCAGCUGCAGUGCCAGUGGGGUCAGAGCCAGCCUCUGCUGGGCUCAGUGCAAGAUGUGCUCUCAGAGGUUCUGGAAGCCAACGGGACGCAGCUGAACUGCAGCUGGGUACACCUGGACCUGGGCAAUGAUGUGGCUCAGCCUCUCCUGGCACUACCUGGCACUGCCUGUGGCGCUGGCCUGGUGUGCAUCGACCAUCGAUGCCAGCCCGUGGAUCUCCUGGGAGCACAGGAGUGUCGAAGCAAAUGCCAUGGCCAUGGGGUCUGUGACAGCAGCAGGCACUGCCAUUGUGAGGAGGGCUGGGCACCUCCUGACUGCAUGACCCAGCUUAGAGCAACCAGCUCCCUGACCACAGGCCUGCUCCUCAGCCUCCUGUUGCUAUUGGUCCUAGUACUACUUGGUGCCAGCUAUUGGCACCGUGCCCGCCUGCAUCAGCGGCUCUGCCAGCUCAAGGGAUCCAGCUGCCAAUAUAGGGCAGCCCAAUCCAAUCCUCCUGACCGGCCAGGACCUCCACAGAGGGUACAGCAGAUGCCAGGCGCUAAGCAAGCUAGUGCGGUCCGCUUUCCGGUGCCCCCCUCCAGGCCGCUGCCACCUAACCCCGUGCCCAAGAAACUCCAGGCUGAGCUGGCUGACCGAUCCAAUCCCCCCACUCGCCCUCUGCCCGCCGACCCUGUGGUGAGGCGCCCAAAGUCUCAGAGGCCUACCAAACCCCCACCCCCAAGAAAGCCACUGCCUGCCAACCCACAGGGCCGGCACCUACCAGGUGACCUGCCUGGCCCAGGAGACGGAAGCUCAAGGCUGGUGGUACCAUCCAGGCCAGCUCCACCACCCCCAGCAGCGUCCUCGCUCUACCUCUGACCUCUCUUGAGAUUUGGCUGCCUCCCGCCCCAGAUUUAGGACUUAAAGACAUGGAAUCUCUGCCCAGAAUCUCCCCGAAAAUGACCAGAGAAGCUAGAGGCUGGACCAUGCAGUGUCCAGCCCUAAGGAACCACCACCCACUGUCAGGCGCUGUUAAGCAAUACCUGGAGACCCACCGAAAUAGCUGCAGUUGGGUGUUGAGGAGGGGCUGGGGCUGCAGUGGGGAGCAAAGAGACGUGAUCACCCGACCAUCUCUGUCAUAAUUAAAAAAAAAAAAAAGUGAGAUCUUGGAAUGUGUCUGCUCCUGGAAGCU